AAAUUCUAGCUUUCUCAUUCAUUAUGGAUUAACAGGAAGUUAUAAUUUUAAAUAAUUGGAUGUUUUUAAUGUGAUAUCUUUUGAUAGUGUCUGUUUACCAAUGCAGCUUGUCAUGUGAAUAUUGAUUGACAAAUUAUAAACCUCAUAGAGACUAUUGCACAAGAAGCUAAAACUAUAAACAAUGCCCUCAAAGAAAGACAGACUGCGAGUGUUAGCAGAUAUCUGGGCCACACCCACCCCUUUUGACAUAGACUUUUUUGACAAAGGGGAUGAGAUUGUAGUCACCACCGCAAAAAAGGACAAUGUGGUGGGGUGGUGGCUGGAUAUCUUCACCGCUUUAUAUCCUGAACAGACAUAUCGGGAGAAGAACGAGAUGGUCAAAAUUAAACCGGCUCCAGCAGUGACCAUCAAACUGUCCCGUAAGACUGGACUGAUGAAGAUCAGUGGAAAAAACCACUGGCAAUGGAUGGUAGAUAAUUUCACGGAGGUGCUUGAGACAGCUAAUAAUGAAAGCCAGGAAUUGGAAGACGGAAUGUCUAUGAUAUCUGACAACUCUGUCACAAGAUAUCUACAGCUGGAUAAGAAUGAUGAAAUGGUUCAAGACCUAUUGGAUAUGAUCCCUGAAGGUGGUGGAAUCAUGCAGCACGAUUUCAUCAUGAGGCUUUGGAAGAGUCUUAUCGACGAUUGGUUUGGCUGUGGAGCUGUUGUGUACAUAGUAACACCACGCAUCGAUGAGGAACGGUUGUUUCAGAUCUUCCUACUGAUGAUUCGAAACAAAGGUACAGCUUUUGGUGCCACACUAGUCAUUCCCGAGAAGGGCCCAGGAGGGGAAAAAUUUAAAAAGACUCUAGAAACCACAUCGCGUAUGAUGAAAAAAACUCGCACCCCUCGUGCUCAGAAACGCUUAGUGUCGGAUGUUAAGAUGCAGUGGGCCCUGGAAAACUUGCGAGUUCAUCAUGAGAAUUUUUCCACAAACUUUAUUGCUGCCUAUAAAGACGAUGAGGCAGAAGUGCUCACGACGACAGCUCAUUUCCACAAGUCUCAUUUUCACUCCAAUCAGAAAGACAAUGUAUGUUACAACAAACUUCCCACAGAGGAUCUAAAGAGGAACUAUCUCCUACCCCUCGGGCUCACUCUGAACUUCUAAAGUUCUGUCUUCAUUCCGUAAUAUAGAUUCAUUUUGUAUUCUUUUUUUCUUUUUUUAAAUCAUAUUUUUAAUGCAUUCAUUUUAUUUCAGAAUUAUAAAUCUAUUGCAGGACAA